AUGGAAACCUGCGUCCUGAUACCGAAGGAAUUCUCUCUGGUGCUGGCCGGCGAUAGGGCGGCUUGCAAGAACAUGUUCAAGAACGACUCCGGCACCCUCGUGGCCGACCUCAGGAUAUCCGUUUGGUCCAACGUCUUCAUCCCUGCCGGGACGCUCAUCUAUCCUUUCCAGGGCUCGAUCAGGUUCGACAAGAUCGACCUGUACUCCUUACUCGACGAUAACGACAUCAGACGUGAGUACGGUUGUUACGACGAGGUGUCUUUUUCGAAUUACAAUCUGAACAAGCGGCAGUGCAAUUGGAUAAGAUUCCUCCGCAUCGUUCAGACAUACAACGAACAAGUGAACCUUGUUGGCACGAAGGUGAAGGGCGAACCGAUUUUUGAAGUAGUAAAAGAUGUCCAACCAGACGCUGAGUUGGUCGCCUGGUUCCUUCCGGCUGGUCAACAAGACUUCCUCUUUAUAUCUCACGACGUGUGUUCACGAUCUGCCAUUUACAGAUGCACCAUCGACUCCAUUUUGGACGAAUCCCCGCUGGAUCUCUCGAUGGCUCUCCUGUCAGAUCACUCUUCGCCGUCGAUAUCGACCUCGUACUACGAGGUGGACGAGUACGAGUCAACAUCCGAGGAGUCGUCUUCAUCGACUCUGUCGCUGGUGGGAGAUCACCUGGACUGCAGCAUCCUGACGACCAUCAAGAGGGGCGAGAGGGUCCUUCUACCCUGCGAGGUCUGCGGCAAGUCCUUCGAUCGGCCCUCGCUGCUCAAGCGACACAUGAGAACUCACACAGGGGAGAAGCCGCACGUCUGCAUGGUCUGCAACAAGGGUUUCUCAACCUCGAGCUCUUUGAACACGCACAAACGCAUACACAGCGGAGAAAAGCCUCACCAAUGCCUGGUCUGCGGGAAAAAAUUCACGGCCUCGUCUAAUCUCUACUAUCACCGAAUGACUCACAUAAAGGAAAAACCGCACAAAUGCUCCCAGUGCUCCAAGUCGUUCCCUACGCCUGGCGAUCUCAAGAGUCACAUGUACGUCCACAACGGGCUUUGGCCCUUCAGGUGUCAUAUCUGCAGCAGGGGGUUCAGCAAACCGACCAAUCUCAAGAAUCACAUGCUUUUACACCUGGGAAGGUGCUCCAACAAGAAGUUCAUCAAGUCCCUGCCCGAUUUGUGACUCUACUCGGGACCAGGAUCGGAUAUAGCGAAGGACUCUCUGCAGCCAUCGGACUUCGUAGACUCAGCUAUUCGACGGCUUCGCAAAGUUCUACGAGCGUCCUCUUGACAGAUGCCAAGAAGACCCGAGUGUCAAGAAAACUCGCUGUCAGUGUAACUACAAUAAGUCUAUUCAGUUCGAGAGCGGUAACGAGCUUAACAAUCAAACGAUCUUAGUGCCUUGCGUAAUUCCCUCGAGUGUAAUUACUUCGGUGUCCACGACGUUAACGUUAAGUCAGUGUACCAUACGCAAUCGUUUUUAUCAUACUUUGCAUAAACUUUCCACGUGGUUCCCUUUAAGGUGAUAUGAAAGCGCCGUCAAAGAGAUCUCGUUUAUGAAACUCUUCUCCGAACAAUGUACCGAGUCGUUUCAAACUUAACAAUGUGAACAUGGAGGCUACAAGGUAAGU